UUCCAAUAGAAAAAGUCCCAUGCAAUUAUUAAAAUUAGAGUUUUAAACUCCAAUUCCUUCCCAGAAAGUCAAAAGCCAAAAUGAGAUCUUCUUUCCAAAGAAGUGUAUCCAUUUUCCUUGCUUUCUUUCUAUGCUUCACCCAAAUUUCUCCCAUUUCUUGCGAGCAGAAAGUGUCUUUGACUUUGUAUUACGAAACUCUCUGUCCUGGUUGUUCAAAUUUCAUUGUUAAUUAUUUACCUAAGAUUUUCAAGAAUGGACUCAUUGAUGUUGUUGAUCUUAAACUUGUUCCAUGGGGCAAUACUAAGAUCCAACCCAAUAACACCUUCAAAUGCCAGCAUGGUCCAGCUGAAUGUUUUUUGGACACUUUAGAGGCUUGUGCAAUUGAUGCCUGGCCAGAUUUGAAUGAACAUUUUCCUUUCAUUUACUGUGUGGAAAGUUUGGUCUACCAUAAGAAUUAUACCCAGUGGGAAACAUGUUUUGAAAAACUGAAUUUGAAGGCAAAGCUUGUUAAAGAUUGUGUCGGCAGUGGGCGAGGGAAAGAGCUCGAAUUACGCUAUGCGGCUGAGACAAAUGCCCUUCAACCUCCUCAUAAAUAUGUACCAUGGGUUGUUGUUGAUGGCCAACCACUUUAUGAUGACUACAGGGACUUCAUAAGCUACAUCUGCAAGGCUUAUAAAGGAACUACUCCGAUCCCCGGUUGCAGCUCAUCUGUCAAUGUGAUUAAAAUGGGAAAGAAAAUCAGUCCUUUCUGUUUAAAACAAGCAGCCAUCUCCAAGUUAUCAACUAUAAGUUCAACAUUUACUUCAUCGGUGAAUCGCGUUAAGCUGGCUGCAUCUGCAUAAUCCACAGGCCGCUCUAUCGUGUUGCUGCAUAUAAUAUACCAAGUUCUUUGAUGCUGGUUCUUUUUAUGAAAUGCAUUUGUAAAAUAUUUAUCAUGAUGGAUGAUAAUGAGGGUGCUCAGUUCUCUAAUCAGCUGUUUAUAGGAAAUGUCGCAAUAUGAGAGUUUGGUUUAAUUUGGGAUGUGGAAAUUGAAAGUAAGGAUUUUUAUAAGUUGUCUACAUGAAAAUAGCCAUGUCGCUGAGUCUGCAUUUUAGCAACUAUAAGAGGCAAAUUCAACUAUAGUUUAUUCUUUU